UAGUUUGAUGCAUAUGUUGAAUUUUGCUUUCCAAAGACCUUGGAGAAAUGAAGGGGUGGAAACCCCACAUUCUUUCUCGAGGCUGUGAAUACCAGUAAUGCACUUAAAUGCUAAACGCGGGUCACGGGCCUGAGCAUCUUUGCUGUCCUUCACGCUGACACUCUGGGUUUCAUUCAGUAACUUGGGUGAGAUGUCCGCAGAUCAAGGUGUGGCAGUGGUUUUCCCAUCACGGUUUCAAUUCUUGUAUUUUUUGUUUCUGGGUUAGCUGUGGGAUCUGCCUUCCAGGGCCUAUCAAAAUGAAAGGAGACUGGAGCCAUGGAUGUGUGUUGUCAGCACAUUAGAAAGUCUCUCCUCAAAGUCCCUGAUGGGACCUGGCACCUUAUAUUCUGGAGGGAUGGGUGGACUAGCCUCGCAGGGCUGUGGAAUGUGUGUAGAUGCCAAAGCUGAAAUGAGAACCGUUCGGGUCACUGGACUCCACUCAUUGGUGCUGCGGAGGAAUGUUUGCAAUAAAGAGACCCUUUCCUGAGGCUGAGGAGUGUUGUUUUGCAGGUGGUUCGUGACAUAGGUGAUCUAACCCUGAAUCUUCCAGGAGGACACAACAGUACUGGGCCAGGGAGAACAUAUGGAGGUGCAGAGCUACGGGAAAGCUGUCCUGACCGUGCUGGUCGUCCUGGCUGGGCUGGCAGGUUCUGGAUCCGGUAAUGAAGUCAUAGAAGGCCCCCAAAAUGUAACAGUCUUGAAGGGCUCCCAGGCUCGCUUCAACUGCACUGUCUCGCAGGGCUGGAAGCUCAUCAUGUGGGCUCUCAAUGACAUGGUGGUGCUGAGCAUCAGGCCCAUGGAGCCCAUCAUCACCAAUGACCGCUUCACCUCUCAGAGGUACGACCAGGGUGGGAACUUCACCUCGGAGAUGAUCAUCCACAAUGUGCAGCCCAGUGAUUCGGGGAACAUCAGAUGCAGCCUCCAGAACAGUCGCCUGCAUGGAUCUGCUUCCCUUACAGUCCAAGUUAUGGGAGAGUUGUUCAUUCCCAAUGUUAAUCUUGUAGUCGCUGAGAAUGAGCCUUGCAAAGUUACUUGUCGAGCCUCGCACUGGACCCGGCUCCCGAAUAUUUCCUGGGAACUCGGUCUCCUGGUCAGCCAUUCAAGCUAUUAUUUUGUUCCGGAGCCCAGCGACCUUCAAAGUGCAGUGAGCAUCCUGGCUCUGACCCCACAGAGCAAUGGGACUUUGACAUGUGUGGCUACCUGGAAGAGCCCGAAGGCCCGCAAGUCUGCAACUGUAAAUCUCACUGUGGUUCGGCGUCCCCAAGGCACCGGAGGUGGUAUUAAUAUUCCAGGUAUAUUAUCAAGUUUACCAGGCUUAGGUUUUUCAUUGCCUACGUGGGGCAAAGUUGGACUUGGAUUAGCAGGCACCAUGCUUCUGACGCUGACGUGUGCUCUUACAAUACGCUGCGGCUGCUGCCGCUGUUGUGGCUGCAAAUGCUGCUGCCGUUUCUGCUGCAGAAGAAAAAGAGGAUUUCGUAUUCAAUUUCAAAGGAAAUCUGAAAAAGAGAAGACAAACAAAGAAACUAAGACAGAAAGUGGAAAUGAAAACUCUGGCUACAAUUCAGAUGCACCAAAGACCACAGAAACCGCUUCUCCCCCUCCAAAAUCCUGUGAAUCCAGUGAUCCUGAACAAAGAAGCAGUUGCUGUGGCCCUCCUUGACAGGAGGCUGAUCAAUGUCCACCCAGACCAGCAAGUCAUCCACAGGCUUCUUUUAAUCUGGCCAGUCCUGAGGUCAGGAAUACAAUUGUAGUAUAGCAAAGACUUCCCCAAGCUCCACUGAGCACUUGGCUGACAAUUUACAACACGGCGAUGACAUCCUUCCUUUCCAUCCUGAGACUGGCCUGCAGCUUUGCCAACAUUACCUGAAGAGGAGAUGUCAGAGUCAUCAGAACUGAUACUUGACAGUGAGAGAAGGAAUUGAUUUUUCCAGAUUUCAAAGUAGAAUGUGACUUUUAAGAGGUUUCAAGGUUUUUGUGAAUUCCAUGAAGUUACUAAGUAAAAGCUGCAAAUUCAUCAUAAUUUUUCUUAACACUCAACACUCCUACUUGUGAAUCCAACAAAUGGUAGAUGAAAGUCUGUAUUCUACCAUGACUUUCAAAAGUUUUUAUUAUCUUAAAGCAUAUGAAGAUGAUAUUUAUGUAUAUUUAAUAUGUAGGGGUAUUAUUACAUAUUAUUAAUGAAAUACAAGUAUAAAAAUUAGGGUCAACCAAAAAUCUACAAUUGACUUCAAAACUGAGCUCAGUUAAAGUAAGAUUCAGUUCUAACAUGGAUGUGCAUGUUCCUAAAUAUCUUAUGAUUGAAUAUUUACAUGAAGACAUUCAUUUUUAUCUGCCCCCUUAUCAAACCUAUUUGCAUCUCCUCAAAUGAAAGAGAUACGGCUUAUGCUUUGCAGAGGAUGGACCUCACCUACUCUGCACACCAUGAAAAAACUGGAAAUGGGCAUUGUAGUAUUUAAUUUAUAAAAACACCAAAAAAUGUGUAUUGCCUUUAACUCUUCACUAUUCAGGUGGUAGUUUAAAGAAUCACAGUGUUCAGGAAUCAAGCCUUUUCUGAGAUGGAAAACAAGAGCCUUUGGCAAAAAUCCUUCCCAUCUUCACAGUUAUCUUUGCUGACUGUACAUUCGCCUCAUUGAAAGUUAACAUGAAUGUUAUUAUGAAGAAUAAAUUGCUGCCUUUGCCAAA